AUGUCGUCAAAAGACUCAUCGCCGCCAAGCACAUUGUACUCAAACUCGGAACUGGAGAAAAAGAAUGAAAAGACGGAUGUUGAAAUAGCCAACAUUGAGGAGAUUGGCUUGAAAGAAUCCGUAUUCGAUGAUCCCAACUUGUCUGAAUACUAUAAGCCAAUUCCCGAGUAUGAAGGCUACCAUCGAUUCGACCCUACCGCUGUAUGGACUGCUGAAGAAGAAAGAGUCCUUGUCCGUAAGAUAGACUGGAGGAUUAUGGCAUGGUGUUGUCUCAUGUUCAUUGCCCUACAGUUGGAUCGUGGCAAUAUAGGAAAUGCCUUAACUGACGAUUUCUUGACUGACUUGGGGCUGACCACAAACGACUAUAACCUGGGCCAAACGAUCUUCUACAUCUGUUUUUUGCUAAUGGAGCUCCCAUCGCAACUUAUCAGUAAGAAAUUGGGCCCUGACAACUGGAUUCCUAUCCAAAUGACUUUGUGGAGCAUUGUUGCAAUGUGCCAGUUUCGCCUGAACGGAAGAGCUUCUUUUUUCGCAACUCGAGCCUUACUAGGAGCUUUGGAGGGAGGAUUCAUCCCUGAUAUCGUGCUUUAUCUUUCCUACUUCUACAAAGGAGAUGAGCUUCCCGUACGGUUAAGUUUCUUUUGGGUAUCCUUGACUUCAACAACAAUUAUCGGCUCCUUCCUUGCAUAUGGUAUCCUACAUCUUAGAGGCGUCGCUGGCUGGGCUGGCUGGCGUUACUUAUUCUUAAUUGAGGGAACAAUUACACUGGUUCUCGGAGUUGCUUCCUUCUUCUACCUUCCACCAUCACCCACUCAAACUAAAGGCUGGCUCCGAGGAAAGACUGGGUGGUUUACCGAAAGAGAAGAAAUUAUUAUGGUUAAUCGUGUCUUACGAGACGACCCUUCCAAAGGUGACAUGAACAACCGUCAAGCUGUUGGUCUACGAGAUCUCUGGAGAUCGCUCUGUGACUAUGAUAAUUGGGGUCUUUACCUCAUUGGACUUUUGGCUUACAUACCAGCAACUCCACCUGCUGUGUACUUGACUUUGACUUUAAAGAGUCUAGGCUUUGGUACCUUCAACUCUAACUUGUUGACCAUACCGUCCCAGGUUCUGUUCAUCAUCAACAACAUUGCACUUUCUUAUUUUAGCAGAUGGAGCAAGGAGAGAUCUCUCACUUCCAUGAUGGCCGUUGUAUGGUCGCUACCUUUCUUAAUCGCGUUGGAAGUAUUGCCGGGUGAUGUCAAUCCUUGGGUCAAGUACUCUAUAGUAUCAUUGCUUGUUGCGUAUCCAUAUUGCCAUCCAAUUCUUGUCGGAUGGAAUUCCAUCAAUUCAAAUACAGUACGAACAAGAACCGUGUCCGCCGCCAUCUACAAUAUCAUGGUACAGCUCGGAAGCAUCAUUUCUUCAAACAUCUAUACGGCAGACGAUGCGCCAUUAUAUCGAAGAGGAAAUAAGGUCUUGAUUGGCAUUUGCGUGUUUGAUAUCUUCUUGUUCAUUGGCGUGAAGUUUUAUUACAUCUGGCGUAACAAGUCAAAGGCAAAAAUAUGGGACGCUAUGACACAAGAUGAAAAAGCAAACUAUCUGGCAACAACAACCGACCUUGGCAACAAGCGACUGGAUUUCAAAUUCCAUCAUUAAUCCCGUAUUCUUUUGCACACCAAUACGAAUUGCAUUUCCUAAAAUAAAUCAUGUAUAACAUCUUAG